GCUAGCGCCCCCUUCUCUCUCCCUCGGCAGAGCAGCCAGUCCAUUUCUCUCUCCUCCUCCCCCACCCCACCCGCGCGGCGCCCAAUGCCGUACGAACCCUAGCGGGCCCACCCCCGAUCUCGCGCGGCCAUGGGCAACUGCUGCCGCUCGCCGGCGGCCGCGGCGCGGGAGGACGUCUCGUCGUCGCACUUCCCCGCCUCCGCCGGGAAGAAGAAGCCCCACCAGGCGAGGAACGGCGGCGGCGCGGGGGGAGGCGGGGGCGGCGCCGGCGCUGCCGGGGAGAAGAAGCGCCUCUCGGUGCUCGGGGAGGAAGGCCGCGACGUGGGCGGCGGGAUCGACGACAAGUACGCGCUCGACCGGGAGCUGGGGCGCGGCGAGUUCGGGGUCACGUACCUGUGCAUGGACCGGGGCUCCAAGGAGCUGCUCGCCUGCAAGUCCAUCUCCAAGCGCAAGCUCCGCACGCCCGUCGACGUGGAGGACGUGCGCCGGGAGGUGGCCAUCAUGCGCCAUCUGCCCCGGAGCGCCAGCAUCGUCACGCUGCGGGAGGCCUGCGAGGACGACGGCGCCGUGCACCUCGUCAUGGAGCUCUGCGAGGGCGGGGAGCUCUUCGACCGCAUCGUCGCGCGGGGCCAUUACACGGAGCGCGCCGCAGCCGCCGUCACGCGCACCAUCGUCGAGGUCGUGCAGCUCUGCCACCACCACGGCGUCAUCCACCGCGACCUCAAGCCCGAGAACUUCCUCUUCGCCAACAAGAAGGAGAACUCCCCGCUCAAGGCCAUCGACUUCGGCCUCUCCAUCUUCUUCAAGCCCGGUGAGAAGUUCUCCGAAAUUGUGGGAAGUCCCUACUAUAUGGCCCCUGAAGUCCUGAAGAGAAACUAUGGACCUGAAAUAGACAUUUGGAGUGCUGGUGUUAUCUUGUAUAUAUUGUUAUGCGGUGUUCCUCCAUUUUGGGCUGAGACUGAACAAGGAGUGGCACAAGCUAUCCUUCGUGGAAAUAUUGAUUUUAAGAGAGAACCCUGGCCCCAUGUUUCUGAUAAUGCUAAAGAUCUAGUUCGACAGAUGCUUCAGCCUGACCCAAAAAUCAGGCUAACGGCAAAGCAGGUUCUUGAGCAUACAUGGCUUCAAAAUGCCAAGAAAGCUCCAAAUGUUCCUCUCGGAGACAUUGUAAAGUCAAGGCUGAAACAGUUUUCAAGGAUGAACAGAUUCAAAAGAAGAGCUCUAAGGGUUAUUGCUGACCACUUGUCAGCUGAAGAAGUUGAGGACAUAAAGGAGAUGUUCAAGGUGAUGGAUACUGAUAAUGACGGUAUAGUGUCAUAUGAAGAAUUGAAGAGCGGGAUCGCAAAAUUUGGUUCUCACCUUGCAGAAUCUGAAGUGCAAAUGUUAAUAGAAGCUGUGGAUACAAAUGGUAGAGGAGCACUAGAUUAUGGUGAAUUUUUGGCUGUCUCACUUCAUUUACAAAGGAUGGCAAAUGAUGAGCACCUUCGGCGAGCCUUCCUGUUUUUCGAUAAGGAUGGUGAUGGUUUUAUUGAGCCCGAGGAGCUUCAGGAGGCCCUGGCAGAAGAUGGGGCGGUUGAUAUCACAGAAGUGGUGAAGGACAUAUUGCAAGAAGUUGACACCGACAAGGAUGGCAAAAUUAGCUUCGAAGAGUUUGUAGCAAUGAUGAAAACAGGCACAGACUGGCGAAAGGCUUCGCGGCAUUAUUCGAGAGGACGUUUCAACAGCCUUAGCAUAAGGCUUAUCAAGGAUGGAUCUGUAAAGAUGGGAAACGAGUGAAAUCGCACAACACUUGUAGCGGGUGCUCUUACUCCGGGCACGCAAGUCCGGCCAUUGGCCCCACUAAGCAGAGACCCUCUUUCCUUCUCUAAUGAUUAUUUUGGCGGAAAUUUAGAUAGCCCCCACCCCCACCCCCCACCCACCUGAUUGGCUUACUCGUGUAAGUAGCUUUCCCGGUAUCGCCGAGUGAGGAGGGGCACGCACCGAACCGAUGCACCAACAGCUGUGCGCCUGCUUUGCGGCUUGCCUCCUGUCCCGCCUGAUGAUAUCUCCUUUUGCUGUACCUGAUGCUAAGUGUUGUACAAUAUUUGGUUGCUUCUUCCCUCUCAGAUACAGUCUGUUCGUCUCGAUGGAUUCUUCUGUAUUGGUGGCCAAGGACUAGAUACGCCUAGUAGGCCACUCACUGUUAGUGCAGCUUUGCUUUCAACUGUACCGAAACAGCAUAUUGCCAAAAGGAAAGGCGCCAUGUAGCUAGUGCAACUUUUGUAUA